AUGGUACCAGCAAUAAUUGGAAUGGUUGGCACUGAGGCAGUGGCCAGUGGCAGGGCUGAAAUCUUUGAAGAUAAUGGAACCUUUGACUGUAACCUUGAUCUGUCCAAAUUCUUUUACAAAGUCCACAUGCAAGUCACAAUGGAUAUGAAUGACUCAACAAGACAUGGGAGUGAGUUUUUUAAGGCAGCUCACACAAAUGACACCAUCAAUAUGAAAGCCUUAUUGACAAGUGAAGAUUUUGACCCCUAUGUUCGAGGGAAUUUAGAAGAAACAAUACUGCAUUCAGCUUUGUUCAAUGGUAAUAAGGAAAUUGCAGAGUUAAUUCUGGAUAGGAUACCAUCACUGAUCAAUGAACCCAUGACGUCUGACAUGUACAAAGGUGAGACACCCAUGCACAUUGCUGUUCUGAAACAAGAUGUAGAAAUGGUUAAGGAACUGUUGAAUCGAGGUGCUGAUGUGGUAAAUGCACGUGCAACUGGUUCAUGCUUUGUUCCAGGAGAAGAAUGUCAGUGUUACUAUGGUGAAUAUUUGUUGUCAUUUGCAGCAUGCAUUGGCAAUGAAGAGAUUGUCAGAACUCUUAUCAAGCACAGUGCUCCAUUAGAGGCACAGGAUUCCUUAGGUAAUACAGUGCUUCAUGUGUUGGUUACACAAUCGGAAAAGAAACAGAAGUAUUCCAUGUAUGAUCUCAUCACAUCACUUGUGUCUGAGAAACAACAGCCAAGUCUUGAGAACAUUGUGAACAAUGAUGGCUACACUCCAUUGAAGCUGGCAGCAGCUGAGGGUGAUUUGGAGAUGUUCAACUUUUUGGUGCAAAAACAAAAGAAAAUAUACUGGACAAUGGGGACAAUUUCUUACUGUGUCUAUGAUCUCACCAACAUUGAUACAUGGGGUGAUCAAAAAUCAGUUCUGGACAUCAUAACAACAAGCAGGAAUAGAGAGGUUCAUAAACUCAUUGAUGCUAAACCAGUGAAGGAAUUAUUGCAUCAGAAGUGGAUUUCAUUUGCAUACAAGUAUUUUCUAAUGUGGAUGUUUUCCUAUAGUAUGUACAUCACAAUAUUCACCAUCUCAAGCUUGUACCGGCCCUUGAAACCAGUUCCACCUGGCCAAUUUGGUGACUACAUUGUUAAAACACAAAAGACUCUAGCAGAAUCCUAUCAAACAAAGGAAGACUACUUGAGACUCCUGGGUGAGCUAAUAACUAUCGUUGGAGCACUGGUAAUACUCAUCAGUGAGGUCCUGUAUUUAUACAAGAUUGGUCCAAAAAAUUACUUUGGGAAUACGUCAAUUGGAGGACCUUUUCCAUUACUACUGGUCUGUUACUCCCUUUUGAUUGCUGUGGCAGUUAUUAUGAGAAUCCAAGCUGAUGCUGGAGAAGCAGUUCCAAUCUCCUUUGCUUUGAUCAUCGGGUGGUGCAACACCAUCUAUUUUGCCAGAGGUUUUAAAACAUUUGGGAAAUUUUCUAUUAUAAUACAAAAGCUAAUAUUUGGAGAUUUUAUGCAUUGGUGCUGUCUGGUAUUUAUCUGUAUCAUUGGAUUUACCUUUGCAUUUUACCUUAUGUUUCAGACUUUAGAUUUGGCAGAUUAUCCGUACUUUAGAGAUUUUUCAAUGACAUUGCGUACCACAUUUGAGCUGAUGAUGGGAUUGAUGGAUAUUCCUCUUCCUUAUAAGAAGCUUACUCCCAACAAUAUAUAUAUUGCCUAUGUCAUGUAUAUGCUAUUUGUAUAUCUCCUGCUGUUAAAUCUGCUGAUUGCGAUGAUGGAUGAUACAUACUGGAGAAUUGCACCAGAAACAGAGGAGCUAUGGAAAGUGCAGAUUGCAGCAACCAUACUGCUUCUAGAGCAACGAAUACCAGCAUUUCUGAAGAUCCGCUCUGGUGUUCCAGGGAGGUCACUGGGCUUUGAUGAUGACAAGUGGUACAUUGGGGUUGAAGAGAUUCUUCCAGAGACAGAAGGAGGAGCCGGAAUGAGCACACAGAGAUAUUCACAAAAUAUAAGAUGGGAUGUGGUUAGAAGAAAUCUUGGAAAAAUCAUAAACAUGAAAGAUUCUUCUGAAUCUACCAUUUUGUAG